AUGUCUGCUCUAUAUCUUGAACGAAAGCGUCAUUAUGAGCAGUACAAAGCACGACAAAGGAACUCAAAUUACGCUGAAUACAAAACAAGCCAUCAUGCCAGCCAAACAAUGGUUGAAGUGACAACUGUAAAGUCUAAUCAUUCUGGGACUCAAAUCGGGAAUCAGAAGCUUAGGGAGGAAACCAAAGAACUAGCUAAACAGAACCGGGAGCUCCAGAGAAGGCUGGACCAUGCUAAUCUGGAACAGGAGCUUAUGUGCCAGCGGAAUACAGAGCUUAAUAAUAGAAUCCUUGAACUAGAGAAAUUAGAGCAAGUGCAAGAAACAUUGAAAGCUACCAAUAUUGUGGCUGGUAAAACCAUCGAAGAACUUCAGUGUAGCAUUGCGGAUGUAAAUCAUCGACUCUCAUGCGGGCAUAUAUUUUGCGCGGCGUGUCUCGGAAAGGUCAAAGAAUUAAAUGACUACAUCUGGGAAAGUGACCACAAAUGUGGUAUUUGUCGUGAGCGCGGGCCCAUACUGGACGGACCCACUCGAUUCGUUCGCCAAGUAUUCUGGUUGGUUCUUCCCAGGAAUGAACCAUCACCGGCACCUUUAGAGAACCAAGACAAUGGGGAGGAACAUGAUAGAGUACUUCAGACAGGAGGCACGGACAGUUUAGAUGAAGUGGAUAAUCCGAGUCAUGAUUAUGGCGGGAUCGAAGACGACCAGAGUCUUGCAGGAUCAGACGAUUCAAACGACGAUGAAUAUGAGUCUGCUUAA